UAUAGGCUGGGUAAGAUCACGUCUCCGUCUCUUUGUAGCCCUCAUUCCAGCACAGGAUCUCAGCAAUUCCCCCUCUUCUCCCCACCUACUCCAGCGCACAGAGUCCUUUCUUCUCCCUCAUUUACAACUUCUUUUAAAAAGAACAUUUUCUAGAGGAAAGGGCUUUUCUAAAAAGGGAUAUAAAACAAAAGCCACAGCAACCCGACUUCCAGCAUGGCAUUGUCACCUGCCCCCUUCGCAUGGUGAUGCGAUUAAGGUAGCAGCAUUUUCAUUAUUCAGGAAAAGCAGCUGGGGGAUUCAUCAGUUCUGAGGCUUUGUCUUUCCUGGGUUAACUGAUGGUCCUGAGCCUCGGUUUGACCUGACCAUGAUGCCCAAGACUGGCACUUUUUGUUUUUUCUCAGCAAACUAAACAAACCCAAAUCUCUUUUUGAUUUUCAAGGAAACUAGAUUCCUGCCAGAUUUCGAAUCUGGACAAUAAAUAGAUACUUUGUCCUAGCUUCUUUCUGGAAUUAUUUCAGAAUAUUUUCCACAAGCAUCACAGAAACAGGAAUGAACCGGCAGCUAGUGAACAUGUUGACAUCCUUGUUUGCAUUUUUCUUAGAGACAAACCACUUCAGAACCAAGAGAAAUGGAACACAUAGCAAUAAUGCUAUAAAUACUGGGAAAACCCACUAUGUUCCUUUCAGGACUGCUUUCUGCAAAGACCAUGACUCCAGGUCUGGAAAACAACCUUCGCAGACCCUAUCUCCUUCAGAUUUCUUGGACAAAUUAAUGGGAAGAACAUCAGGAUAUGAUGCAAGAAUCAGGCCAAAUUUUAAAGGUCCUCCAGUAAACGUUACUUGCAAUAUUUUUAUCAACAGUUUUGGAUCAGUCACAGAAACUACCAUGGACUACCGAGUGAACAUUUUUCUGAGACAACAGUGGAAUGAUUCACGGCUGGCAUACAGUGAGUAUCCAGAUGAUUCCCUGGACUUGGACCCAUCUAUGCUAGACUCCAUUUGGAAACCAGAUUUGUUUUUUGCCAAUGAGAAGGGUGCCAACUUCCACGAUGUCACCACUGACAACAAAUUGCUGCGGAUUUCAAAAAAUGGCAAAGUGCUCUACAGUAUCAGACUCACCUUGACCUUAUCCUGUCCCAUGGACUUGAAGAACUUUCCAAUGGAUGUCCAGACCUGCACAAUGCAGCUGGAGAGCUUUGGUUAUACAAUGAAUGACCUGAUAUUUGAGUGGUUAAGUGAUGGGCCAGUGCAAGUUGCUGAAGGACUGACCCUGCCCCAGUUUAUUCUGAAAGAAGAGAAGGAACUUGGUUACUGUACAAAGCACUACAACACUGGCAAGUUUACCUGCAUCGAGGUCAAGUUUCAUCUGGAACGCCAGAUGGGAUAUUAUUUGAUCCAGAUGUACAUCCCCAGUCUGUUGAUAGUUAUUUUAUCCUGGGUCUCCUUUUGGAUAAAUAUGGAUGCAGCCCCUGCCAGGGUAGCACUGGGCAUCACCACAGUCUUAACAAUGACCACUCAGAGUUCAGGUUCCAGAGCGUCUCUGCCAAAGGUCUCCUAUGUAAAAGCGAUUGACAUCUGGAUGGCGGUGUGCCUUCUGUUUGUGUUUGCUGCCUUACUGGAAUAUGCUGCAGUGAACUUUGUCUCCAGGCAACACAAGGAGUUCCUGCGCCUCCGAAGAAGACAGAAGAGGCAGAAUAAGGAAGAAGAUGUUACUCGUGAAAGUCGUUUCAAUUUCAGUGGUUACGGGAUGGGUCACUGCCUCCAAGUGAAAGAUGGAACAGCUGUCAAGGCCACACCGGCCAACCCGCUCCCACAACCCCCAAAAGAUGCAGAUGCCAUCAAGAAGAAGUUUGUGGACCGGGCAAAAAGGAUUGACACAAUAUCUCGAGCUGCCUUCCCCUUGGCCUUCCUCAUUUUCAACAUCUUUUACUGGAUCACAUACAAGAUCAUUCGUCAUGAAGAUGUCCACAAGAAAUAGAUAUGCGCUGCAGACCCUGGGACCUUCUUGCCUAAGUGUUGUGCUUGUAUAUACACAGUGAAAUUGUCUUUAUAUCACUUUGACAGAGGAGAAGAUUGAGGGAGGGGGGAGGGAACAUCAUGGGGUGGGUUUCUUGGCACCUACAUGAUAAAAGACAAGUUAUGCAGGCAAUGAAGAAAACUGCACAAAAUUAAGGUGUUGCAGAAUCACGUGAGCAUAAUUCUCUUCCAUAGUCUUUAGCACUGUUCUUUCAGAUGACACAUCAAUCAGCCAUGAUAUGCAGUGUCAGGUUCUCAAGGGCCAUUUGCCUUUUGAUUUCGUUUGGUUUUGACAAAUUCUGGUACUGAAAAGUUAGCUGAAAACACACACACACACACACACACACACACACACACACACCCCAAAAAUGCUUACCAUCUGACCAUAGCAACUAGCCUACAGUAAGUCAAGGACCAAACUUUUUCAGGAAAAUGCUGCCUCAUUUUUAAAUAAGCCUCCUGAGCUAUGUUCUUUACAACAUCUGUAAUUAGUGUUUCACUGAGAAGUCCUUUUGUGGGUCAUAAAUUAUUUCUACGUAUCCAGAAAACAACAAACACUAGAUAAAAAACAAAUUUC